UUUUUCAAUUAUUUUAACCAUUUCUCCCCUUUUCUCCUUUUGUUUUCCUGGAUAGUGGCUUGUGUACACUUUUGAAGUUUUGGUUCAACACUUUCAUAUUUCCUAUAUAACCCACCAACACCUCCUGCAAAAAUCAAGGGAGAUUUAUUUUUACUACUUUCCUUGCUCUCUCAACUUUAACACUGAGUCACUCAGUACUUACCCACUCCCUUUAACUCACCGAGUUACUCAUUAUCUCAACCUAGCCACUGUCUCACUCUGCUGUCAGCCAUGGAUGCCAUUUUCAAGCUCAUUUUCUCUCUCCUCUUUUGUCUCAUUUUUACCUCUCUUCCAGGGGAAGUAAGUGGAGCAAAAAUGGUGCUAUUGAACAAAUGCAGGUACACAGUAUGGCCAGGAAUCCAGCCUAGUGCUGGCAAGGAAAUUUUAUCUCGUGGUGGUCUAAAGCUGUUGCCUAACAAGUUUAACGUCCUUAAUCUCCCUGCUGGGUGGUCCGGUCGAAUGUGGGGACGCCACGGCUGUCACUUUGAUGCCCAAGGCCGCGGCAGCUGCGCUACUGGUGACUGUGGUGGCACCCUCUACUGUGCUGGUGCUGGUGGAGCUCCUCCGGCUACCCUUGUUGAGAUCACUCUUGGACAGGAGCAGGAUUUCUACGACGUUAGUCUAGUGGAUGGCUACAACCUGGCAAUAUCGAUGGUACCUUUCAAGGGAGCCGCUGGACAAUGCGCACCGGCAGGGUGCAUUAGCGACCUGAACACAAUGUGCCCAACGGGGCUCCAAGUCCGCGGCGCACGAGGCGGUGUUGUAGCUUGCAAAAGUGCUUGCUCCGCCUUUAACUCCCCAAGGUAUUGUUGCACAGGCAACUUUGGUACUCCUCAGUCUUGUAAACCCACAGCCUACUCCAAAAUCUUCAAGACCGCUUGUCCACGCGCUUACUCCUACGCAUACGAUGACCCCACUAGCAUCGCUACUUGCACCGGGGCUAACUAUUUGGUCACUUUCUGUCCCCACCACCGCCACUGACUGACUGAUGAAGAAAAAGUCCCAAAAAAGUUCAAAAAAUAGUUUACUCCUUCAUAGAUCUAUAAAAAAAUAGUGUGUAAUUUUGUUGUGGGGUUACUAGAUUUUUAUUGAUUGUGGAGAGAUUCUGUUUUGCUAUGUCAGAUGGAUAAGAGUAUAAUAGGUGCAUGUCGGUCUACUGUAUGACUGUAUCUUUAGAGACUAGUGUUAUAAUACUACCUACGAGUACUAUUACUAUAAUGUCUUAGAUCUUAAUGUUUGUGUGACAUAAUUUAGUGCUACUACUUAAUCCUAGCUUGUAGUGAUAUCUUAUUUUCUUUAUAUUAAUGUUUAUGCAUGGCCUCCAAUCGAUGUUGUUGGCUUACAUGGAAACUAUCAUUAAGAUUUCAUGUGACAAGAUUUUGCGUUAUACUAUAUCCUUUUUAAAUA